AUGCGCUGUGACUACCCCUACCUAGCUUUUAUAGAAUCUGGUGUCUCCCUGGCCCCAGAUAUCAACUUCCUCCCCAAGGUACCCUCCCAAUUCCACCUCAAUCUUGAGGUUUGCCUACCCACCUUCUUCCCUAACCCCUCCUCGGACAAGGAGCGGAGGCUGCACUCCCUAGACGUCAGGCGUGCCUUACUCUUUUACCUAAAGCGCUCUAAAGCCUUUCGCAGGGACCAACAGCUGUUCGUCUCAUAUACUUCGCCCAGGCUAGGGUCUAGGAUCUCUUCACAGCGAUUCUCGAAGUGGCUGACGGAGACCAUCAAGACCUGUUACCUCCUAGCAAAGAGGCCGCUGCCAGGACCUGUUCGCGGACACUCCACCAGAGCAAUGGCGACAUCGGUGGCGUUCCUGAAAGGCGUCUCCUUGGCGGACUACGACUGUGCCAUUGAUUUGGUACCUGGGGCACCACUCCCGGUGGGGCGUCUGUACCCAAUGUCGGAGCCGGAGUUGGCAGCUCUGCGAGACUUCCUGGACAAGAACCUGAAACGCGGAUUCAUCCGACCCUCAACCUCUCCCCUAUCUGCUCCAGUGCUCUUCGUGAAGAAGAAAAGUGGGGAGCUCCGGCUGUGCAAUGACUACCGGGCCCUGAACAAGAUCACCAUCCGCGACCGGUACCCUCUACCACUGAUCCCUGAACUCUUGGAUCGCCUAAAGGGGGCCCAAAUCUACACCAAGCUGGACCUCCGUGGAGCGUACAAUUUGGUGCGCAUACGGCCCGGAGACGAAUGGAAGACCGCGUUUGGGACCCGAUACGGGCAGUACGAGCACCUGGUAAUGCCCUUCGGACUGACCAAUGCCCCCGCUGUCUUCCAGAGGUUCAUGAAUGACAUAUUCCGGGACCUGCUCGACCGCUUCACGAUCAUAUACCUGGAUGACAUCCUAAUUUACUCCCACAAUCCUGCCCAGCACGCCGAGCACGUCCGCCAGGUCCUGCAGCGCCUACGAGCCCAUGGUCUCUACGCCAAGCUGGAGAAGUGCGACUUCGACCUGCGCUCCGUCGAGUUCCUUGGGCACAUCAUUGGACCCUACCCCGUCGUUGAACAAAUAAACCCCGUCGCCUUCAGGCUCCAGUUGCCACCCCACCUCCGCAUUCACCCCGUGUUUCAUCGCUCCCUCCUUGUUCCGGCUGCACCCCCUGACCCAGCUCGGACUCCUUCCCCACCGCCGCCACCACCAGUGUUGGUGGAUGACGAGGAAGAAUAUGAGGUGCGCCAGAUCCUGGACUCCCGGUACCAUCGUGGAGGCCUCCAGUACCUGGUGGACUGGGAGGGAUACGGCCCAGAAGACCGGUCUUGGGAGCCCGAGGACAAUCUUCAUGCCCCGGACUUGGUGCACCAG